UUGGGCAAAGGAGCUAUGGGGGCGACGAUACUCCCAGAUCUCGGGGCGGAGAUUUUGAUUCCGCUGUGCGCGGUGAUCGGCAUCGCCUUCUCCUUGGUCCAGUGGAUGUACGUUUCGCAGGUUAAGCUCUCCCCAGGCGGUGGCCGGGACUCCAAUUCCGGCGGCGCUGCCAAAAAUGGGUACAACGAUUACCUCAUCGAGGACGAAGAAGGCGGUAACGAUCACAACGUCGUCCUCAGAUGCGCCGAAAUCCAAACCGCCAUUUCCGAAGGCGCAACCUCGUUCCUUUUCACGGAGUACAAGUAUGUGGGUGCUUUCAUGGUCGCUUUUGCAAUCUUGAUCUUCCUUUUCCUUGGGUCCGUGGAGGGAUUUAGCACAAGUGGCCGUGCGUGUACGUAUGAUCAAACCAAGAUAUGCAAACCAGCUCUCGCCACCGCCAUCUUCAGCACCGUUUCCUUCUUGCUUGGUGCCAUAACUUCAGUGGUUUCGGGAUUCCUCGGGAUGAAGAUUGCUACUUACGCAAAUGCCAGAACAACGUUGGAGGCAAGAAAAGGUGUUGGGAAGGCUUUUAUUACUGCAUUUAGAUCAGGAGCUGUGAUGGGAUUUCUCCUCGCUUCAAGUGGUCUGUUGGUUCUUUACAUUGCUAUCAAUCUCUUCAAGUUGUACUACGGUGAUGAUUGGGGUGGUCUUUUCGAGGCUAUAACUGGCUAUGGUCUUGGUGGAUCUUCCAUGGCUCUAUUUGGCAGAGUUGGUGGAGGCAUCUAUACCAAAGCUGCUGAUGUCGGUGCUGAUCUUGUCGGCAAGGUUGAAAGAAAUAUUCCCGAGGAUGACCCAAGGAACCCGGCUGUGAUAGCUGAUAAUGUCGGAGACAAUGUUGGAGAUAUAGCUGGCAUGGGAUCUGAUCUUUUUGGAUCCUAUGCUGAGUCAUCGUGUGCUGCCCUUGUGGUUGCUUCCAUUUCCUCAUUUGGGAUCAAUCACGAGUUAACUGCAAUGCUAUAUCCUCUCAUUGUCAGUUCCAUCGGCAUCCUUGUUUGUCUGCUCACCACCCUAUUUGCAACCGAUUUCUUUGAGAUCAAGGCUGUAAAGGAAAUUGAGCCAGCACUGAAGAAGCAGCUCAUCAUCUCUACUGUACUCAUGACUGUUGGAGUUGCGAUUGCUACAUGGAUUUCUGUUCCAUCUUCCUUCACAAUCUUCAAUUUCGGAACACAGAAAGUUGUGAAGAGCUGGCAGCUAUUCUUAUGUGUCGGUGUUGGUUUGUGGGCUGGGCUUAUCAUUGGGUUCGUAACAGAGUACUAUACAAGCAAUGCGUACAGCCCUGUGCAAGAUGUUGCUGAUUCUUGCCGGACUGGAGCUGCGACCAAUGUCAUUUUUGGCCUUGCAUUGGGAUACAAAUCCGUCAUUAUUCCUAUAUUUGCCAUUGCAGUCAGCAUUUUUGUUAGUUUUAGCUUUGCAGCUAUGUACGGGAUUGCCGUAGCUGCCCUUGGAAUGCUGAGCACCAUUGCAACUGGAUUAGCCAUUGAUGCAUAUGGUCCCAUCAGUGACAAUGCUGGAGGCAUUGCUGAGAUGGCAGGCAUGAGUCACAGAAUCAGAGAGAGAACUGAUGCUCUUGAUGCUGCAGGAAACACCACUGCCGCUAUUGGAAAGGGAUUUGCAAUUGGCUCUGCUGCUCUUGUGUCCCUUGCUCUAUUUGGUGCCUUUGUCAGCCGUGCUGGUAUCGAAACGGUUGAUGUGUUGACCCCAAAAGUGAUUAUUGGUUUGUUAGUGGGCGCAAUGCUUCCGUAUUGGUUCUCUGCCAUGACAAUGAAGAGUGUGGGAAGUGCAGCUUUAAAGAUGGUUGAGGAAGUGCGCAGGCAAUUCAAUACCAUUCCAGGUCUCAUGGAGGGCACUGCCAAGCCGGACUACGCUACAUGUGUUAAGAUUUCGACUGAUGCUUCCAUCAAAGAAAUGAUCCCACCUGGUGCCCUUGUCAUGCUUACACCCCUCAUUGUUGGGAUCUUUUUUGGUGUGGAAACUCUCGCUGGCGUGCUUGCUGGAUCCCUUGUCUCCGGUGUACAGAUUGCCAUUUCUGCAUCCAACACGGGCGGUGCCUGGGAUAAUGCCAAGAAAUACAUUGAGGCUGGUGCUUCGGAGCAUGCAAGGACCCUUGGUCCAAAAGGAUCAGAAUGCCACAAAGCUGCAGUCAUUGGCGACACCAUUGGAGACCCUCUCAAGGAUACGUCUGGACCAUCGCUCAACAUUCUUAUCAAGCUUAUGGCCGUUGAGUCUCUUGUGUUUGCUCCGUUCUUUGCCACACACGGUGGGCUGCUAUUCAAGAUUUAAGUUAAAAACGGUGCAACAGAAAGCCGGAAGUUGUUCCUCUCUGUUGUUCGAUUCUUCGUUUUCAUCUGUUGAUCCUUCCUGCCAAUCUCCUCAGCGUAAUGUUAGCCUUUAAUUAGAGCAUGCUUUUGGCAUUUGAAUUAGUAGCCAGAGGUAGAAUUGAACGAAGUUUUCCCUUUCUAGAGGACUGUUAAUGAUGAUGAUAACGACGACGACACAACGAUGAUGAUGACGAUCAUGGUCGACCUUAGUAAAAGAGAGUUUGGAUUUCUUCUGUAACUUUCAUUCAUCAGAACCGGUCAUUGUCCAUUUUUCUUACAUUGUAAGAGAUUAAUGCACAUCGCCUUUCGGUCUUCUGCA